AUGGCCAACUCCAAACCAAAACUCCUUGCAACACAAACCAUCUUCUCCAUUUUCCUUUUAACCUUUCUCUUCCUAAUCACCAAUGUCAAAUCCGAAUCAUUUUCUUUCACCUUCCCCAAAUUUGAAUCAGACACCGAAAGCAUCCUCCUUGACGGAGAUGCCAACACAACAGAUGGAGUACUACAUCUAACCAAAAAAGACCAACUUGGCAAACCAUCUCCACACAGUGUUGGCGUCUCCUUAUUCUUCGGAGCCAUACAUCUCUCCGAUAAAACCAGCGGCAAGGUCGCUGAAUUCACCACCGAGUUUACAUUCGUGGUAAACCCGAAGGGCUCACAGCUUCACGGUGAUGGUUUCACAUUCUUCAUCGCUUCAUUAGAUUUCGAGUUUCCUGAUAAUUCAACCGAUGGCGGAUUCCUUGGACUAUUCGAUAAAGAAACCGCCUUCAAUACCUCCAAAAACUCUAUCGUUGCUGUCGAGUUUGAUAGUUUUAAAAAUGAAUGGGACCCUCCUUUGGUGAACUCAGCAGCUCAUAUAGGAAUCGACAUCAAUACGAUUAAGUCUUCCAUCGUUGCUCCAUGGCCGAUCAAUAGUCAACCGGAGGGAUCGAUAGGAAAGGUGCGAAUCAGUUAUAGUACUGCCACACAAGAACUGAGGGUAGCUGUAAGUUAUCCUAAUAGUCCUGUUGAGGUUGGUGUUGCGGUAUCUUAUCCGGUUGAUUUUGCGGCGGUUUUGUCCGAGUGGGUGCUUGUUGGUUUUUCUGGUGCCACUGGUCAACUUGCUGAAACACAUGACAUUCUUUCUUGGUCUUUUGCUUCCAACUUAUAGAUAUUACUUGUGGGAGAAGAAAAUAAAGAAUGAUAUUUACUGCUCUUUUAUUUUGCAAUUGUUGUAAUGAUUCGGUUGUUUA